CAUGUAUUUGAUUUUCCUCCUUGUUGACGCCACACAAAUAUCCAAUGAGUAUAUUCUUCUUACCGCGUUGUAUAUUCUGUUUUCAUUCUUCACUUAUUUGCUGCCGUUCUUUAUAGUCACGGUAGUAAUAAGAGAAACUGAGAAAAGUGUGGAAUAUGGGAAGCUGGGAAACCAGUUUUUGAAUUUAGAUGAAAGGCUUGAGAGAAAUAUUGAAAUAUUUUCCCUCCUUCUCACUUUAAAAGGAGACAAAAUUAAAUUUGGCGGUUUGGUUCAUAUAAAUCGAGCAUUAAUCCUAUCUGCAAUAUUAUCUGCGGUAGCGCAUCUCCUGUUAUUGAUACAGUUUUAUCGGGAAUCAUAAUGUUGUAAAAAUUAAUUUAAAAAUUAUAUAUUAGGCUUUAUUUUAAAUACAUGUAUAUAGUAUAAUAAAACAAUUAGUAUUUUGGGGUCA